AUGGCAUCUUACCAUGUUCGCUCUAACAGCUUGCCCUCCAGGCCACACCCAAUCAUCCCUGAAUUCGAAAAUAAAUUGUGCAAAUUGUGGGCUUCUGAAGCUGCUUCUUCAUCAGCAUCAACCUCAAUUAGCUACAAAUUGAGUGGACUUCAAGAUCUGCAUGAUUGCGUUGAUAGGUUGCUUUUGCUACCACUCGACCAACAAGCCUUAUCUCAAGAGAAUAAUGAGAAAUUGGUUAAUAAGAUCUUGGAUGCAUCUCUUAGACUCUUGGAUGUGUGCAACAUAACUAGGGAUGCCUUGUUGCAAACAAAGGAAUUUACACAGGAACUUCGAUCAACUAUCCGCAGACAGCGAGGUGGUAAAAUUGAGUUGUCAAGUGAGGUUAAGAAAUUCUUAACCUCUAAGAAAGUGGUGAAGAAGGCAAUUCAAAAGGCUAUUGUUGAUCUAAAGGGAAUUGAAAGUGGAUGCACCUUCAGUCCCUUGAACAAGGACAAUGAGACUAUUGUAAUGUUGAGGGAGGUUCAAGCAACCACUUUUGCUGUAUUUGAAGCAUUGUUGUCCUUCAUUUCGAGGACAAAGUCACAACCGAAGCCUAGUGGAUGGUCCUUCAUUUCCAACAUAAUGCGCCACAAUAGGAUCGAGGAAGACUCUCAACUAAAUGAAUUUGCAGUGGCAGAUGCUGCAGAAAUCUAUUAA